AUGGCGCCACUACUACAGGCCCUUCAGGGCAGGGCGAAUCUGCCAAAGAUCGAAACAAUUCAAAACGGGCCGAUCUCAGGUCUUCUGGCAUUCGGGUCACUGCUCCUCGUCUCCAGCGUCAUCGUCGUGGUCCUGAUCGCCAACAUCCUCGAGAGAUGGCUUCUUCGCAAGGUCUAUGGGGAAGUCUACAUGAACCUGGAACGACCUGAGAACGAGAAGCGAAGGCGGUCAUUCACUUACUACCAUGUCGGCGCCAUCGUCAUGUUCGCCCUCCUCUGCAUCGGCAUCUACCCCGUCAUGCGUUUCCUCGUAGGCAGUGCUGGUUUGGCGACUCCCGUGGUCCAGGGACACCGCCUGCGAAUCGGAGACAUGCUCUUCACGGUAUCUCAGACGUACUGCGCGUACUACGUUUUCGAACUCUGCUAUCGCACCCAGUUCGCGAGUCCGUUAAGCAUAGCCCAUCACAUCGGACUUCUGGCCAUUACGCAGACUUCUCUUUCUCUUUUCGGCAACUUCGUUCAGCACCCUGAGGCGACGAUAGAAUUCUACAUGUGCAUGGUCUGGGGCGCUUUUGAUGUUGUCGUCGAACUUCCAAUCUACGUUUCCAUGAUUGUGUGGCGAGCGAGGCGAAGUGACCACUACCUACUCUCGAACAUCGCAUUUGGCUGCUUCGGGUGGGUUCUUCUGGGAGCCGCUCUCGAGACUUCGGUCACGAUAUACCUCCUCCACCGCUCGUGGGACCGCUGGGGACGCGUCUGGAGAGUUGUGACGCCAUUGAUCUUCUCUCUGUGGAUCACAACACAGCUCUACGGCGCUUCUAGACUCUAUGCGAUGGCCAAGUCAGAACGAAGGAAGUCCAACAAGGGCUCGAAGCAAACAGGCGUCGUUGAACCGAUUUCAGAACUUCCAGGAUCGGCCAAUGAGAUCGCAACACCGGGUCAAGAGGAGGAACCCAAGCCCAAGGUUGUGUGA